AUGAAACACCAGCGACUCAUCUCAGAAAGUCUCUUUGAGCAGUUUGAACCCGACAACGACAUUUUUAAUUCGUGGACCACGACUCAUUCCGGUAGUCACAAUGAAUCGGACUACUUCAUGCAGAACGCCAAUGGCAGCUCCAAUCCACCGAUCGAACAAUUCAAAUUUUCCAACGUCUAUAAAUACGACUCGAACGUACUUGAACUUAUCCAGCUGCUCCAUUGCUUCGCAGUUACUCUAAAGAUAGAAAAAGACAAGAGAUGGAGCGUGUAUUAG